GGUGGGGGCCGCUGCUGGAACGACAGGCUGGAGGCGCGAGAGGCUCGGCGGGGCUCGCGGCCGCAGCGUGCCGGACUCUAGAUGCGGUGGCCGCUGUCCGAUCCAUCCACUCCCUGCCAGCUCUUUCUCGCCGCCCCCCCCCCCCCCAAGCUUGGUGUAUUGUUGUGGGUUUGGCCCGUUGGCCGGUAAUUUUCUCCAAAGCCGGAGGAAAGUACCGAGGGAGUAUUGUGCACGUGCAGUAAACCGUGGAAGGGACGUCACUGCCGCUGCAGGCUGAUAGCGUUGUUACUAGAUGUGUGGUGACUUGGGUUCGAGUACUGCCUAUGAUUAUUGGCGUCUUUGUGACUCUGGGUCAAUUUCAAGUCCCUCAGGCUGCUCUCUUGGGUUAUCUGGAAGGAAUUAUUUGAAUUAAUGGAGUUUACUAAACCUCUGUCUUUGAUAGAGAGGGUGUUUACCAUACCAAUGGAAUCACUGGGUCAAUCCACAAAGCACUUUAUUAAAUGACUUAAUAGAUGUCUCGAACUGUCCCCCAACAUGGGAAUAAGAAGGAAGAUGGAAAACAGCCCCAGCCUUCAAAAAAUCUUCCAAUCAAAUGGGAAAGACAACAUGGACCUAUAUAGUUCCAUACAAAUCGCUGACAGAGUAGAUCCGAGGUAACUUUGUAGCAACUGAGAACACAGAAUAGCUUCCUACAGGAAGAAGGUGGUGCUUAAGCUUACUCGAGUUCACAUCCACAAAUCGGAGAGGAGAGACAUCACAUUUCCUCGAAGUGGAUAUAACCUAAAGAAUUUUGAAAGGAGAUAAGACGUAAAUAUUUGUGAUGCUUUGAAGGACAAACUGAAGCAAAGGGAUCGGAACUCUUUGGUUUGUCUAAGAAGGAAGUGAACAUCAUGGAUCAAAACAACAGCUUGCCGCCUUAUGCCCAGGGCUUGGCCUCUCCUCAGGGUGCCAUGACUCCUGGAAUUCCUCUCUUUAGCCCAAUGAUGCCCUAUGGUACUGGACUGACUCCCCAACCUGUCCAAAGCACAAGCAGUCUUUCUAUUCUGGAAGAGCAGCAGAGGCAGCAGCAGCAGCAGCAGCAGCAGCAACAGCAGCAAGCUGCCCAACAGGCUGCAACUCAACAAGCAACACAGGGAACUUCUGGCCAAACCCCACAGCUCUUCCAUUCACAGACUCUUACCACAGCACCUCUGCCGGGCACUACACCCUUGUAUCCUUCCCCAAUGACCCCUAUGACCCCCAUUACACCAGCCACACCUGCAUCUGAAAGUUCUGGGAUUGUACCACAGCUACAGAACAUUGUAUCUACCGUGAAUCUUGGUUGUAAACUUGACUUAAAAACCAUUGCACUUCGUGCCCGAAAUGCUGAAUACAAUCCCAAGCGUUUUGCUGCAGUCAUCAUGAGAAUAAGAGAGCCAAGAACUACUGCACUUAUUUUCAGUUCUGGGAAGAUGGUGUGCACAGGAGCUAAAAGUGAAGAACAGUCCAGAUUAGCAGCCAGGAAAUAUGCCAGAGUUGUACAAAAAUUGGGCUUUCCAGCCAAGUUCCUGGAUUUUAAGAUUCAAAAUAUGGUGGGGAGCUGUGAUGUGAAGUUUCCCAUAAGAUUAGAAGGGUUGGUACUGACGCAUCAACAAUUUAGCAGUUAUGAGCCAGAGUUGUUUCCUGGAUUAAUCUACAGAAUGAUCAAACCCAGAAUUGUUCUGCUUAUUUUUGUUUCUGGAAAAGUUGUAUUAACUGGUGCUAAGGUCAGAGCAGAGAUCUACGAAGCAUUCGAAAACAUUUACCCUAUUCUAAAAGGAUUCAGGAAAACAACGUAACUGUUUUCUUGUAUUUGUUUUUUUUUUUUUUUACAAGUUGUCUUGGUACAUUACAUGGUGUUAUUGUGUACGGCACAUCAGUGAGAUGGACUUUUAGUUGCAAACUGCAACACUAAGAUACUUUUCUGGUGCCUAUUUCCUGGCACUGCUGAAAAAAACUAUUAAUUUCUUACCAGAACAUCUAGGAGUUACUGUGAGUUGCUUUUAUGGAACUCUUUUGGAGCAGCACUGUCCAUUUAUUUAUGUUUAGAUUUUAAACACUUUUAUCCUCAAUUGUAAUUCACAAGUUGGUUUAAAAGACAAAAACUAUGUUACUAAGUGUUAAAAACUACUUCCACUGUUAGGGGGUUUUGUUUUAAAUUGAAACCAUAAUUUUUAUAUUUCUACCAUAAAACGAAACCUUUUUAAAAGUGUUUAUUUCUGACUUAUAACUUAAAAGGGUUUUGUUUUUGUUUUGUGCCACACAUUCCCUCUUUCCAGUGUUGCAGGAUAAAAUAGAUGUAUUAAUAGAUAAAAGCUUGGCUGUACAUAUUCUUCUUUUGAGACCAGAACUGUCAUAUUUCCUCAGAGCACUCUGUACAAUAAAUGAUGUUUAUAUA